GUCCGUCUUGAGCUCGAGGAAUUGAACCUCUAUCCUGUAUUGGAACCAGUGCCGCACUCUCAUAGCAACGACAAUGCUCUAUUUUUAGCUCAGGCUCAGCGAGCUGAGGAGCGCAUCAAGAUGCUCAACAUUAUUCCAGCUCUUCGGCGAGCUCAAUCCACCCUUUCCUCGUCUUCUCUUCAUUCGGAAUCUUAUCGGUUUUCGUCAUCUGAGCGUGAUCUCUCCGAUCAUAAAAUGGAAGAUGGUGCGGAAUACCUUAGCCUGAAAAAGCCCUCAUCGCGAUUUGCUUUUCCGGAAGCCUCUCGCCAAUCUCAGUUGACCCCGCUUACAUGGGCUAAUCACACUCUACACAAUGUCUGUCCAUAUCCAAUUCCCCCCGUAUACCGACUAAGUAUGAGGAUACACUGGGUAAGGAUGACUGAGGAAGAUUAUCGCAAGGAUUUAUUAAAAUGUGUCUCAAUCCCUUAG